ACAUUAGUGCUAUAGAAGGUUAGAAUUGUCAAAUAUCGAUGUACAGGAAUCAGAAGAAUUUUUCAUGAUUACGUAUUGUUAUUUCCAAGAAGUCUUCCAUGGCAGUUUUGCAUCGUGCCUUGUUCACGUGGUUUAAUUUGCUCAUAUUUUUGAUUUUGCUGGUCUUGAGGCUCGAUCAGAGAAUACAAUGGAACUGGUUCAUAGUUUUCAUUCCAAUGUGGCUCUACGACAACAUUCUCCUCAUUUAUAUUAUUUUCAACAUGAUCUCGCAUUGCAAGAACGGACGUGUUAGUAGUUUGCAUCGAGAGACAUGGUACAUGACAGCAGUACUCCUGAAAUUAUGCGCCCAGAUCCUAAUUUGUCUGAAAUUAGAGGCACCUCAGUGGCCGCUGCCAGCCAAAGUAGUGCUGGCGCCGUUUUGGCUGCUUCUACCGGCAUUAGCAGUAGACGUUUUCAUUCAUUUGAUACAUCAAUAUAGGUACUGACAAUGGAUAAGUCCCAAACAUGCUAGUUUGCAGUUUGGCAUUACUUAAGGACAUGUAUGUAUUUUUCCAUCAAUAAGAAACUUGUCAAUAUUAUCAUUAUAGGAUUAUUGUACAGGAUUAUAUAACUAUUGUUGUAUUUGUAACUGUUAUAAAAACUGUUUAGUUUAUAUUUUGAUAUUGUUGAAUAAUAAAACAU